CUGUGAUAUGUCUCUUUUAUUUACAGAGUUCCACGCGUCUCACUCUGUUUCGCCAAGCUCUUCUCCUCCCAUCCUCCUUCACGCUCACGGGAUAUCUUCUCUCUCUCUCUCUCUCAAGCGAGAUCUUCUUUCUUCUCUUUCUUUCGCUCGAUGUAUCCACCUGUCUCCGCUAUUUGAUGGACAAGAAGGAGAAGCUGCCACACCGCAACUUAUUCUCAAUUUCUCCGAUCAUCCCCACCGACUUAUAACUCUUCCCUCUAGAAAAUAUCUCCCAAGGAGAACCCUCUCUCUUCCUUCUCUCUCUCUUCAUCCUUCUUCUGUCUCUACUCUCUGUCUCUCUUCCUUUUUCGGAUGGCGCGAAAUCUGAGAUGGGUUGUGUUUAUUGUACUAGCGGUGUCGUGUCUUGUUUCAACACUGGAAGCGAGUGAAGGAGAUGCUGAUCCUCUUUACAAGUCAUGUGUUGAUCAAUGUCAGAAAACUGGAUGCGUGGGGGACAACUGCUUCCAGCACUGCAAAUUCUCAGCCGAUGGAAAAGCCAUAGACGGUCCAUGGUACAUGCAAGAGCCACUUUACUUGCGUUGGAAACAAUGGGACUGCCAGAGCGAUUGCCAGUACGAAUGCAUGAUGACGAGAGAAGAAGAGAGGAAACGUAACGGAGAGAAACCUACAAAGUACUUCGGUAAAUGGCCACUCAAACAUGUCUAUGGAAUCCAGGAACCCGUCUCCGUUGCUCUCUCUGCUCUUGACCUAGCCAUACAGUUCCAUGGAUGGGUCUCCUACUUCAUCCUCGUUUACUAUAACUUGCCUCUCCAGCCUAACCGCAAACCUUACUACGAGUACAACGGUUUAUUGCAUAUCUAUGCUAUGAUCGUAAUGAACUCACUCUUCUGGAGUGGUGUCUGUCACAGCAGAGAUGUUGCAUUGACAGAGAGGCUAGAUUACUCUUCAGCCACAACACUAGCUGGAUUCUCGCUUAUUCUAGCUAUAAUCAGGUCUUUUAGUAUACAUGAUAAAUCUGCAAAAGUCAUGGUUACUGCACCUAUUCUUGUAGUUGUAGCUACUCAUAUUCUCUACCUCAAUUUCUACAACCUUGAUGAAGGACUUCACCGGAAAGUUAUAUCCGGAAUAGGAGCGGUGGAGCUAGUGGUGUGGGGUGUAUGGGCGGCUUUAACGUCGCAUCCAUCAAAGUGGAAGCUAAGAGCUUUCUUUGUCUCGAGCAUACUCACAAUGUGUCUUAGGAUGCUCGAUUUCCAACCGUACAAAGGCUAUGUUGAUGCUCAUGCUCUCUGGCGAGCUGCAGGGAUCCCUCUCUCUUAUCUUUGGUGGAGUUUUGUCUGCGACGACGCCGUUUUCAGGACCACUGUUCUUCUCAAGAAGUCAAAGUGAUGAAGAAACAAAAAAUGAUUCAAAGGCUCUCUUUUUUUUUUAAUUAUCUUUUUUUUUCCGGCGAGGUUCUCCGGUGUUCAGAAAGUUGUUUUUUUUAGGUUGUGUUUUCGCAGGAGAAGGCAAAUGUUUUUGUCUUCUUCUGUGGUGGAUCUUGUUAGCGUUUUGGUGUCAUCUGUUGUUUUUUUCUUGUGUGUGUUUUUUUUGGGGUCUUUUUCUUUUUUCUCUCAUGGCUUUGUCGGCCGGAGAGUUUUACCGUCGGGGAGGAAUUGACCUUUGAUGAUCACCACUUUGUUUGCUUUUGUUCAUUUUACGAUGACGACUCUUAAAAAUC